AUGACAAUCCACGUGGUUAUACAUUUUAAGGAGCCGGUUAAUAAAACCUUUACCUUCACCGAACCGGAUAGUCUGGAACUUGGUCGCUCGAGCUUUGUUCCAGACCCGUCCAUAAGCAAGAAGCAAGUUCUAUUUGAGGUUAAAGAUGGACGAGUUUACGCCACAGUCCUUGGAUCUAAUUCGAUGAUAAGAGGAACUGAGAAAGUUAGUAAGAAUAAUAAAGUAGAAAUUCAUGACGGUGAAAAUUUAACAUUAAUUCAUGACAAAUAUCCAUUUACAGUGACAAUCACCCAUACUCAGGACAAGGAAUCUGCAACACAUGAGUUUCGAAGCCCAAUGCGCGUUGAAAAAAUGCAUCAUAUAAAGUCGGAACAAGUGAUACCAAGAUUUAAAAAAGAAAAAGAAAUUGUGCCGUUGCCUUCAUCUCAUCACGAAUCUUCAGAGACGCCAUCACAACUGUUACGGGAAUUGUUUUCGCAAGAUACAAUUCGCGAUGAUGAUGAUGUUUACUACAAGUCGUAUGAAAAUGAGAAUGAAUCUGGUGGUACACAGACAAGCGAUGAUGGUAUCGAAGUUAGUGACGGCUCGAAUAAUGCUGAAUCCGAGGAAAAUUUUUUCACCGAUGAAUCUUCCUAUCUAGGAAGUUACAGUGAGUCCUCUGAAAACGAUAAUGAUGAGUUGGAACAGGGACAAGAGAAAAUGAAAGAAAAAAGCAAGCCAACCAGUAAACCACUUCGUCGUACCAGUCGCGCUUCCUCUUCACUAGGGCAAUUUCAGUUUUACGAUUAUCAUAAAAGUCCCUCUAUCAAACAAAUUGUAAUAAAACCACAUUCACUUGUAAUCAAUUGGGAAAAUUCAACUAAAAAUAACUCAAAAUUUAAUUAUAUCUGGCUGCGGGACAAUUGUCAAUGUACAGAAUGCAUUCAUCCGGAUAACAAGCAAAAGCUUUUUUCGAGUUCAGAAGUCCCGCUCGAUAUAAAACCGAUACAUGUUAAUGUCACGUCGAAUGAAAAGGAUGAAGAAACGAUGGAAGUUGUGUGGAAUAAAUCGUUAUCCAAAUUGCCAACGUUACAAUCAAAUAUUUCUUCACAACCUGAUUCCAACGAAAAAAUCCACAAAGGCAUAUAUCCAAUUUCAUUUUUGAAAUUUUACGAUUCAAAAUUCUCCACAAACCAAAUUCGAUUUAAUCAUAUGAAACCGAUCACCUGGAAUCGUAAUUCUAUACUGAAAUCAAAUCUCUGGGUUGAUCACUAUGAUUAUAUGAAUUCCGAUAAAGGAUUGUUGAAAGCUCUCAGGCAAUUAUGGGAUUACGGUUUGGUGGUUUUAAAAGGAGUUCCUGUUGAAUUGAACGGUGACAACAGUAAUGAAAGCAUAGAAAAUGUUGUGAAAAGGAUCGGUACAAUAAGAUCCACCUUUUACGGUCGGGUCUUUGAUGUAAUAUCAGCUCGUGGUGCAAAAAAUAUUGCAUAUACAAAUUUAUCUUUGGGAUUACACAUGGAUUUAUUGUAUUAUGAGGCACCACCCGGCUUACAAUUUCUUCACUGCUUAAUAAAUUCGGAGAACGGUGGUGAAAGUAUAUUUUCGGAUUCGCUAAUGGCAGUCGAGAAUUUUAAAUCAGCAUAUCCCGAAGAUUUUGACAUUUUAACCAAAACUGCUUUAACCUUUAACUAUCUUAAUGAUGGUCACCAUAUGCAUUACAAUCGUCCCGUUAUUGUCGUGGAUGAACAUAAUGAUACAAUAACGGUUAACCACGCUCCCAUGUUUCAGGGUCCAAUUGAGUCUCUGUUACCCUCUGCACAGCAAACAAUGUCAUUAACAGAUAACGAAGACUUCGACAAAGAUGAUGAAAGGACAUUUAGAUUUUAUCAAGCGUAUCAAAGAUUUUGCGUUUUCAUUGAAGAUCCUGAAUUGAAGUACGAGCUGAAACUAAAGCCUGGGGAAUUGGUUAUCUUUGUUAACAGAAGAGUUCUACAUUCUCGAACUGCUUUUGAUGGAGAGAGGCAUUUGAAAGGAUCGUAUUUAGAAUUAUGUGAAUUCAAGGACAAAUUUAGAGUUUUGAUGAAAAAAUACAUAGACUAA